CUUGGCCGCUCCUUUCUCUGCCGGAUACCGCCUUGGGCUUCCGGAGCGGAGCCUCCAUUGUGUCCUGCGGGACAGGCUCGGUGGCGCUGGGCGUGCAGGGGUCCGGGCAUCGCCCCCUCCCCGCAGCGCCGAGGAGGAGCCGGGGGAGCAGAGCCGGGCCGCAGGGGAUUUUGGGGAGUGCCGAAGGAGGAACCCGCGUUGUCCCGGUGCUUCCUCCGGCCAUGGAGCCGUGGGUGCUGCUGGACCCGCGGCAGAAGGCUCUGUACCUCGAUGUGAUGCACGAGAGCUACGAGACCCUUAUGGCCUUGGCUCAGGGGCUGGUGAAUGAAAAGGCCGCGGAGAACGGAGCGUCGGAGAGCGGCGCUGGGCUGGCUCCGCGCUCAUCCCGCAGCCCGGAGCAGGAGAAGCCCCUGGGCUCCAACAGGCGCAAAGCGAAGCGCCCAGACCGAGCCGCGCCCCCCGCGGCCCCCAAGCCCCCCGUGCUCCCCCGGCUCGGCUGUGCCAAGCCCCUGCGCGGGAAGGGACCGGCCCGCGAGCGGCCCUUCGGCUGCGCCGACUGCGGGAAGAGCUUCCCGUGGGCCUCGCACCUGGAGCGGCACCGGCGCGUGCACACGGGCGAGCGGCCCUUCGGCUGCCCCGAGUGCGGCGAGACCUACAGCCAGAGCUCGCACCUGCGGCAGCACCGCCGCACGCACGCCGGCGACCGCCCGCACAAGUGCGGCGACUGCGGCAAGCGCUUCGCUGCCGCGGCCGAGCUGGCGGCCCACGGCCGCGGCCACGCCGCCGACAAACCGCACAAGUGCGGGGACUGCGGGAAGGGCUUCGUGUGGGCGUCGCACCUGGAGCGGCACCGGCGCGUGCACACCGGCGAGAAGCCCUUCGAGUGCCCCGAGUGCGGCGAGGCAUUCAGCCAGGCCUCGCACCUGGCCAAGCACCGCCGCAGCCACUCGGGCGAGCGGCCGCACCGCUGCCCGGCCUGCGGGAAGACCUUCUGCCAGAGCUCCGACCUGGCACGGCACCGGCGCGUGCAUCUGGGCAGGAAGGCCCUGCGCUGCGGGGACUGCGGGAAGCUGUUCCGGGCAGGGCCGGCGCUGGCGCGGCACCAGCGCUGCCACGGCCGGGAGCACUCGCACCGCUGCGCCGACUGCGGGAAGGGCUUCGUGUGGGCGUCGCACCUGGAGCGGCACCGGCGCGUGCACACGGGUGAGCGGCCCUUCCCCUGCAGCAGCUGCGGCGAGCGCUUCACCCAGAAGGUUCAUCUGCUGCAGCACUGCAAGACGCACUCGCCAGAGAGGCCCUACAAGUGCGGCGACUGCGGGAAGCGCUUUGGGGAAGCGCCGCCGUUCCUGGCGCACCAGCGCGGCCACGCCGUGAACAAGAGCCACACCUGCGGCGACUGCGGGAAGGGCUUUGCCUGGGCCUCCCACCUGGAGCGGCACCACCGCGUGCACACCGGCGAGAAGCCCUUCGAGUGCCCCGAGUGUGGCGAGGCGUUCAGCCAGGCCUCGCACCUCGCCAAGCACCGCCGCAGCCACCUGCCCAAGGCCGUGCGGCCGUCGCCCCUCGCCAGGACGCGGCUCGCUGGGGACACGCCUGGAGCGCACAGCGGUGAGGACCCCAAAGGACUGACACCCCCCUCAGUGUGAUGGAGAGACAAGAGGGGAAACUUGUCUUGGAGACAAGCCAAGGGACACCAAGUAACAGGGGUGGGAGACAGGGGUGCUUUGUCAUGGCACAGGGUGGCAUUUAUCUGCCCUGGUGUCUUCCCCCAGCAAUGGGUGAGCGUUGCACCUGCUGCAGUCCAGACCCCAGAAAAGGGACAACCUGGGGGAGAAGGAGCCUAUUCCCGAAGGAAAGGGUGCUUGGCUCCAUCGGGGAAGGGUGGGGGAACCAGGGCUGGUUCUGAUGUGAAAAUCCAGUGGUGUUGUGCCCACUUGGUGCUGCCAGCGGAUGGGAGAAGGGGAUGGAGAUGCUCAGGGUGAGCAGGAGGUGCUGCAGGGCAGGAAUAAACUGGGAGCCCCACAUCUCAUGGACAGCUGUGUCUCUUUGUGCUCUAAUGCUUCCCCUGCUCCAGGCAGGAAACCUCACAAGCAACAACUUCUUCUCCAGAGACAAAACCACAUGGACAGACAUGGCGGGGUUUUGCUUUUUGGCUCGACUGUUUUCUCCUUUAUUAACUGUCACUCUAAGCCCAGGAAACAUGGCCUGGCUUCUCCAGCAUUCCCACCUUAAUGCAUCACA